UCCUGACAAACAGGAAGUAGGAUAAUUCCCCUCUUCAGGGAGAUAUAAGGUCUACUGUACGCUUCCCUUCAGGAAAAUAAACUAGUAAAUAAACUUGUUAUUAAUUUAACGCGUCUGCAACGUGAAACAUAAUGUCGAGGCAGUCCAACAGAACAACGGAGAGCAAGAAGAUGCUUUGGUAUUUGCCAUUUAUUUCACCCUCUGCAUCCAUGCGUCACAUGAAUUCAGAGCUCUUUACUCUGACGUACGGUGCACUGGUCACUCAACUUUGCAAGGACUACGAGAAUGACGAGGAGGUGAACAAACAGCUGGACAAGAUGGGUUACAACAUCGGAGUGAGGCUCAUAGAGGAUUUCCUGGCGCGGUCCAGCGUGGGACGCUGUCACGACUUCAGAGAAACCGCCGAUGUCAUUGCCAAGGUGGCGUUUAAGAUGUACCUGGGCAUCACCCCAAGUGUGACCAACUGGAGCCCAGCGGGGGAUGAAUUCUCCCUUAUCCUGGAGAGUAACCCCUUGGUGGACUUCGUAGAGCUGCCAGACAACCACAGCAACCUUGUGUACUCCAACCUCUUGUGUGGCGUCCUGCGAGGAGCACUGGAGAUGGUCCAGAUGGCAGUGGAUGUCCGGUUUGCUCAGGACAUGCUGAGGGGUGACAACGUGACGGAGAUCCGGAUGAAGUUCAUCAAACGUAUCGAAGAGAACCUUCCAGCGGGGGAUGAAUGAGCAGCAGCACAAAUGGGAUUGCUAGACAUGGAGGAGGAGGAAGACAUGGUGGAGGAAGAGCCAGAGAUAACUGGGAACGAUGAUGGACUCCAUCUAGAUCAGGUUCCAGUGAAGUCUGUCCCUGAUGUUUAUGGGAUCCAUGCCUGGCUGUGCCAGUAGACAGCCCACUUUUUGACUUAUCCUUCACCAUUGGGACACUAGUAUUCAUAAGCAAGCAGGGUAGAAAUACCCAAAAUACCCAACCCUUGAUGCUGAAUUCUAUAGACUGGAUUCAAGUGUGUUUAGGAGUUCAACCCACCCCCAUUAUAAAUUGGUUCGACCCAAAUGGGGAAAAUUGUUGUUUUCGACAAAAGUGGUUGUGUUCUAGCUUGUCUUCAUAUUGUCAUAUUUUCCUUGUUUUGAUGUUUUUUUUUCCUACAUAUAUAAAUGACUUCUUUGGGUGAUGUAAAUUAUUAAUUAAACCCUUACAAUGGUCUGUCGGUCUUCUUGGAGGUGCUGUCAGGCAGCUUCAGUAAGUACUACUUUGUAUUUGCAAAAAUAUCAUAGCAUUUCUGAUAGAUGUUAAUUAAAUUUAAUUUUAAACCAAGUAACAUUAAAGGGAGUAAUGCUU